GCCGCGCACGGCUGGGACCCGAACGACGGGCCCGUGCCCGAGGCGCCGCUGACCGACCCCGUGCUCGCAACGACGUCGGGGUACGCGGCAUCGAAGUAUGUUGUUGAGCAGAUCCUCGACAGAGCAUCGCACGCCGGCUUGGAGACGACUUCGCUGCGCACCGGCCAGCUGUCCGGCCCCCACACCACCGGCGCGUGGAACACGACAGACUGGGUGCCGAUGCUCGUCAAGUCCAGCAUCGCCCUCGGCGCACUGCCAACCCUCGACCACACCGUAGACUGGAUCCCGAUCGACACCGUCGCUGCCGCCGUCACCGAGCUCGUUUGCUCGCCCGCACGCUCCAGCGCCCCGGGGCUCCUGAACGUCGUGCACCCGCGCCCGACGGCGUGGGCGCGCGUCUUCGGCGCGGUGAACAGCGCGCUCGCCGCGCCGCUCCCAGUCGUGCCGUACACACAGUGGCUCGCCAAGCUCGAGGCGCUCGCCGCAAGCGCGAGUGGCGCGCAGCUCGAGGCCGUGCCUGCGGCCAAGAUCCUGCCGUUCUUCCGCGCGCUCGGCGCCGGGCCCCCCGUCGCGUUCGCCACGCACAGGUUCCAGGAGGCGUGCGUCGCGGUGCGUGGGCUCGUCCCCGUCGGUACCGAGCAUGCGCAGGCGUGGGUGGCGUACUGGAGAGCGAAGGGCUUGAUCGCGUGA